UAUUCACGCAUUAUGCGGACGCACAUGCUGAUAAUCUCAGUUUAGCGCCCGUGCUUUCUGUGUUUUGGAUUACCUAUGUGGAUCAAGAGACAAGCUUGGACAUUUCUGCUUGAGCUCAUUAUAUCUCAGAUGUUGACAGCAUGGACUCCAUCUCUCAGACCUUGCGAGAUCAGGUCUCCGAGCUGCUGAAGCCCCAUAGAAUCUGCCUGGUGACACCAGUUCUUCUGCACCAGUCCAAUCAGUCAUAUGGGAGAUCGGGCAGCAAGUUUGUAGUGCUGAGUCUGUGGAGAGGCUACGUGGUCACAAACAAGCAGCCACUUAGGGUUGAGAGCACAUUUAGCUACCUGGAGAUUUCUUCCAUCAACAUUUACAGCCUCACACAGAUUGAGUUGGAGACAGAUAGAGAAAGUCUGUCAUUCAGUGUCCUUCAUGAUGAAGAUCUUGUGGCCAUGAUCAGCCACAUGACUGCGUCACUAAAGAGGAUCUUUCCUGAUUCUUCUCCAGGAAAGCUGUUAAAGACAGUACCCCAGGAUCUUCAGGAAAGGCUCCUCACUCUUACUGGUGUCAUAGAGGAGCAGCUGAACAGCCAACCAGGCCCCUGUGGGGGAUUCUCUGAUACCUAUGCUGCUCUUUGUGAUUUGAAUGAAAUACCAUUUAGAGAAGAGAUUCAGUGGGAUGUCGACAACAUCUUCUACAUACAUAACUGUAGAAAGUUCAACCUGCAGGACUUUAGCCAUUUAGAAAGCAGAGACUUGGCCUUGGCAGUAGCAGCUUUGUCUUUUAACCAGUGGUUCACUAACAUCUACUGCAAAGGAUUUAAACUGUCAGUUGACAUCCAGCAGCAGAUGACUUUUCUGUUGUCCAAAUCUUCAAGUCUGGAAGAACUCUCCCUGGAGGACUGUGGAUUGAAAGUGGACUUUGCUGUGAAAAUGGCAGCGGCCCUCCAAGAGCACACAUCUUCUCCUCUGCGAGCCAUCAAUUUGUCAGGCAACUCAGUUGAAGACAAAGGUAUAAUCGCCCUUAGUCAGGAGAUCCAGCAUCUAAAUGAGGGACUCGGGUUCCUCUCCCUGAGUCGUGUAUCAAUGAGCGCCAAAGGUCUUGGUUGUCUGGGUCAGGCGUUGUCCUCCUCUCAGCAGUUCUCCACAUCUCUGACUCAUCUAGAUCUGUCUUGUAACCCGGGAAGCCUGGUCACUGAAGACGCCACGUCUCUCUUCAAGUUCUUGUCUCGUACGAACUCAUUGAGUUACCUGGACCUCAGUGAUACUGACUGCCCUCUGGACACGUUGUUUGUGUCCCUGUCUGCUGGAUGUUGCUACAAAUUGAUUCACCUGAACCUGGCCAGAAACCCCUUCAGCCACAGAAAAGUGCGGGAGGUGACCAUGAGUGUCCAAGAGUUCUUCAGUCAGAGCUGUGAGCUGAAAUAUGUGAACCUGUCUGCAACCAAACUUCCACCACAAGCUCUCAGAUUAUUGCUGCAGGGUCUUGCCACCAACACUCAUCUCUUUGGUUUGAAGUUAGAUCUCAGCAGCUGUGAGCUGUGUUCAGCUGGGGCCCAAGUGAUACAAGAGCACAUCUCUGAGGCUACAGCAAUCAGAAGUCUGGAUCUCUCUGACAACAGUUUUGAGAAUGAUAUGGUGACACUGGUUCUGUCUGUUGGGCGAUGCCAGUCUCUUCAUCACCUUGCUCUUGGGAGGAACUUUGCCAUGAAGUCCAGAGCUCUCACCGACCUUCUUCAUCGUAUAGCGCAGCUCAUUCAGGAUGAAGAGUGUCCCCUGCAGUCUCUCUCAGUCUGUGACUCUAAGCUGAAGACAGGGAUGCACAUUCUGCUGAGUGCUCUGGGGGGCCAUGCUACUCUGGCUGAGCUGGACAUCAGUGGAAACAACAUUGGAGACAUUGGAGCCAAAAUGCUCGCUAAAGCCCUGAUGACCAACACCAAACUCAGGUCUCUAACAUGGGACAGAAACAAUGUAACUGCCAGGGGUCUCCAGGAUGUGGCAGAUGCCUUGGAAAGAAAUUUUACCCUACAGAGGAUGUCUCUCCCCUUGACUGAUAUAACACAGAGUUACCGCAGCAACCCGGUCCGAACAAAAGAUGCCCUGCUCAAGAUUCAGCAGUGUCUAGACAGAAACAACAUGAGACAGCCUGGCAGUGUGGAACUUCAGCAAGUGCUUAAGAGUCAACAGUCUGAAAAGCUGAUCCAUGGUAUGUGUCGACAGCUAGAAGACAGCCUUCAGCGUAUAAGCCACUGUAAUAUUCAGAUUGCCCAGAAUGACAUUAUGACUGCACAUGAGGUGCUUCAAAAUGCCAGAGAGUCUCUGAAGCUCCUUCCAUCUCUAUGUGACGAGAGCAGAAUGUGUCCCUCUGAAGGAGACUGUGUGAUAGAUAUUCUGUCUGAUGCUACGUUGGCGCUGACUCAGGAAAUCACAAAAAACUUGCAGGAGUUGGGUCAAGGCCUGAUGGGAUAUGCAGAAACUGUGUGCCCACGUGUGGUGCAGCGCUCCAGUGUCUGCAAGAGCCUGUCAGAGUGCAUAUCCAAAAGAAGUAAGCAGGCAGAAAUAUUUGUACGAAGCACACUGCUGGAGACUGCAGGGCAAAUAAUUUGCACCAGAUUAAGUGAACUAAGACAUACAUUGGCUGUGACUCUGGCUGAAAGCAUGGCAGAACAGGUCCUGCAGGAUCUGACUGCAGCACAAGACAAAAUGGAGUGCCUGAUAAGUGAAAAUUCAUCCAGUGCUCAGAGAAACAAUAUCCCAGAGCUACGACUGACUGACAGUGAUUUCCCAACUGAUGAUUACAGUCCAGCAUUCUGGAGAAACGGUUUGCUUUCCAAGAGCCUGAGGCCUGCUGCUUCAAUUAAAAGUCUCCUGGAUGCAGAUUGUGAGCAACACACCAGGGAAAGAAGAACAGAGAGAGAGAGGGGAGGAGCUGUAAGAGAGGAUGAUGGAGGAGGAAGGUGUGUGCUCCCACAGUUGCCAUUCUCAACCUCAAGUCCCUCCCCUUCCCCUUCUACUUCCUUGUCCCCCUCCCCCAAACUACAGAGGGGGAGGAGGUGGAUGGAGGGGGAGGUGGCAUUAGUGGAUGCUGCAGAAGCAGUGUCAAGAGAUAGUGGAACAUCGCUCAGCCCUCCUCCCAGCAUCCCCCCUAUCUACUCCAUCCCUAAUCGAGCUCCAAAACAGGAGGCAGCUGGUCGUGGAGGCCUGAACGGAAAACAGGCUCUCUUCCCUGGCUGCAGCCUCUGCCCAGGUCUCUGUCCUGGCUCUGGAUUGUCUGUUUCUCCCAUGGAGCCUCUACCAAGCCAGGGACAGACUCUAAGGCACUACACUGCCUCCCGACCACGGCCACGACGCACGCACACGCAACCCCCAUCCUCCAGGGCUCAGCAGCCAGUGCCUGAGGACAAGAAGGAAGACAAUGAGACAAUGGGCAGAGUGGAUGAAGGAGUAGAGGAAUUCUUCACCAAGAAAAUCAUCCCGGACUAUGCAUUAAAAGGCCGAUGGGAGGAGUCAAACCCUGCCCAAGCCCUUUCCUCAGACUCAAGCUCCACCCCCGUUUCCUCUCCAUCUGACAUUACUCUAUCUACCACCACCACCAUCACCUGUCCUUCUGCUGCACCUACUGACACUUCCUGUCCAUCCCUUGAUGUUCACUCCCUUUCCUCAUCUACCACCUUCCCCUCCACAACUUGCUCCAUCACCACCACAAUUCCUACAAAAAAUAUAAAGAAAAGGUUUGGUGAUUUCUUCGCCUUCAAGAGGGCUCGAACAGGUCGACCUUCCAAGACAGGCAGUGGAGAUGGAGGACAAGGAGCUGAAGGGGUCAAGGUCAAAAGAACCUCCAUUGCAGAUCUCAUUCGACCCCUACGGGAGUCCAAAGACAGGGACAGAGAUAGGGAAAGGAACAAGGACAGGGAGAAAGAAAGAGGGAAGGGGUCAGAGGAGGAUGCUAACAUUUGUAAUGAUGCCACUACUACAGAAGGAACUGUCGCCCCUGGCCACCAUCUUACCGACGUUGUGAGGGAAACAGUGCUCCACGCUGAGUCAUUAAGCACAAGGCCAUCCAGUGGGACAACUCCUUCCUACCCCACCAUCGCCACAACCCCUGAACUCACUGCCUCUGUGCUUUCUGAACUGGAGGAAGCAGCAGUUCCUGUACCUCCACGUCUCAGCCCCACUCCAGCAGUCAUUACAACAUCAGCAGAGCCAGAGAUGCAGUCGGGAGGUCCGCCAUGUGGGGAAAGGAGACUGAGGGUUACCAAGAGACUGAGAGAAAACAAGAGCCAGAGUCUCAUACUGCUGACAGGAUUAGAGUCGGAGGACAAGGAUAAUACACCCAAUAAGAAACAUGCAUCUGAGAGCACACCUGGCUUUGAACAGAGGCUUCAGGUGAUGCUGCACAGAAUGGGAGUGUCAAAAACUCCACCAGCCGAUACCAAGAUGUACCAGGUAGACAAGAAUAAAGAUGAUGAGUUGAGAAAAGCUGCCUCUGAAGGUGCUAUCCUAAACAAGCCUGAACUACCUCCCAAAGACAUCAAGUCCAGGGCGAUGUCCACUUCAUCAGCUGAGCCUAGGCAUCCUCUGAGAGUGCAGGACCCCAACCGACCAGUUCUGCUUUACCCAAAGCCUGCGCUUCCUGAACGCAUUGUGGGCCCCGUGCCACCCAAACCUAUGGCAGUCAAACACCCCCCACCCAUCCCUUCUGCUCGCCCCUCCUCUGCUCCUGCAUUCACUGGCUCAUCAGGACAAGUCCAGCUCGCAGCUCACACACAAGAUGGCAGGCCAAUGGAAACAACAGAGCAGAUUGGCAGCAAGGACAGUGUGCAGGGUGAAAUUCCCACUCCAUCUCCCAGAAGAGAACUCCAUUCUUCAGUCCUAAAGUCUUGGAGAGGUGAUGGUGCACCGGAUCGCAGCAAGAAAGUACAAUCAGUCACUGAAGAGAGUCCUCUUAAGCUACGGCAACACUUGAAGCCCCUCCCGCAACGCAGAGCUGUAUCCGUGCAUGAAGAUGCACUGGCCAUGACACAAGAGCUCAAGGCUGUAUUACAAAAGUCACCCAUCCGUUUCCGGGACAACCGCUGGGACCUGCCAUCCUGCAAUGAAGAUAAAGCCCCAGAAAAACAGUCAGAUGACAAAAAGAAGGUGAAGGACCAGAUGGAUGAAUAUCAGGCAGAGAGAGGACAAGCAAGCUGUAGAGGUACAGUGCCUCCAACCAAUCAACUUCUUUCACAAGAGGCAGAAGUACCAAAAUCAGGGUGUCCCUCUACUCCCAAACUUGUCAGUUCAGCUGCAUCUGACAAGACUUUCAGUGUCAUGGAGAGACCUCCUGAACCACCCAGAAAAUUGGGAAAGUCACCCGAAAACUUUGCAUCUGUGAAAAAGAGCCCGACCAGAAUCUCAGCUUCCUCACCGCUGCAAGAAAAGCCCCCGGGCUCAAUGCCGGUUGGCUCUAAAUUCACAGAGUUAUCCUAUCUAAGCCCUUCCUCCCAGAAGAAAGACAGCUCUGUUGCAUUGGAUCAGGGUAAUGAUGCACAAGAGGGAGGAGAUACACUUUCACCACAGCACACAAAGACGGCUAAACCGACAGAGCACAGAACUGAGCCCUGUCUGUUUGACUGACGCACAUAAAUAGUCUUACCUGGAUAAGGCUCUGCCACAUCACUCACAUGGAGAAGCAGGAAGAAAUGAAUCUCAUGUAUUUCCAAUGUCCUACUCUGUCUUUUUUUCACAACACUGUUGUUUCCCAUCAUAGGCCAGCUUCAUAGUAACUUUGUGGGGUGAAUAUACUCUUUAAACAGUUUUGGCCGGCGGGAUGAAUCUCACAUAGAUUAUGUUGAUUUCUGUUUUGGUAAUCCAGUUUUAAUAUCUGAUUUGAUUUUGAACUCUUUGCUUGUUCACACCAAAAGGUCAAAUUGUUAGCUGGAGCUAACUAGAUGCAUACACCAAAAGUGUGUCUGCUGAAUGUGUUGGUGCAUGCUGACAGGUCUUCUUCGGACAUAGGAAGACACAAUGGGGCAUUUCUCAAAUGACGUCACAAUUUUCCAGAGACAGCCCAGUUUCCCGGCUGGUCGGACAGGAAGAGUGCGAAUUAUAUUGGCAUCAACCGCAAUACUAAUCAUUUUGGAAGAUGACGGCGUCCCAGGAGCUUCAUUUCAACCUGCUUCAAUCGAGAAACCCAGCAUAAAACAGCUGAAAUGUUGGUUGAAUUGUAGAGACCUCAAAAUGAGUGGAAAGAAAGCAAUAUUAGUAAAAAUGUAGGAGAGGCUGUUCUAUCCACUCCCACAACAAGCUUAUAUCCAACAUUGACAUUUCUCGGCAAUCCUUCGGGGUUUUGUAAAAUCAGUAGGAAAAAAACUCCCUUCAUAUGAUCACCAUCACCUUGAUGAGAGUCAUUCCAGCAGAUACCAACGCAGCAGUGUUUUGUUGUUGUCAAAAUGUGUCUGUUGAGGCGAUAUUCAGGACAGAUUCAAUUCAAAUAAAUUUUAUUUA